AUGUCGCAACCAGAUCCACGCAAGCUGUGUGUUGUCCGAGUACCGCUACACGCGCGCCGACCCCCUUGCAGCAUCCCUCCCAGCUGGCAGCAACCACAAAGCACUCCAGCGCUAGCGGAGGCACAUGCCGCCGGCGGCUCUGCCCACUCACAGCUGCACUGCCAGCACAGGUACCGGUACUCGCAGCAGGCCUACCGUAGCUCUAGCGUAGCUCAGGCGCCAGCCCAGCGCGGCCCACCGCCAGGAAAACUAGCCCGUCGAGUCACAGGCGCCUUGGCCUUGGGCAACUCGCCUCCGCCUUGGUUCGCCGCCCCUGCUGGCCCUGCUGGCCCUGCCCUUUGGUCUCCUUCCAGGCCUCGGCCCCUAUUCCAGGCUCGCGCACCGGCGCUCAUUCACCCCUUGUCUUCCCUCUCGCGCGCUGCCUUCACUGCAGGUCAGAUCCAGCGUCUCUCCGACCUCUCCGCCGGCCACAGAAACAACACCAGCCGCCUUCACAAGCCCCCCUUUUUGCCCAGCGCCACCCCAAACCUGCCACGGCCACUGCCUGGGCGUUACGUCAGCACGCGCACUCCCAUCGCCCCACUAUUUGCCUCCCUCGCUCCAGUCUAG